ACCUCGGCAAUCUUUCUAUCAUCUUUGUGGGCCGCGCCUCUGGAUUUUUAUGCGGCACUAUGAUCGGUGGAGUUCUCAUUGACUACAUGAAUCCUUUUUUACUUUUGGGUGUGUCAAUGUUGGCUACCGCAGCUGGGUUUUAUUUCAUCCCUUUCUGCAAGAAGGCAUUUUUACUGAUUAUCAUGAUGGCUGUGUUUGGUGCUUCAGUUGGUGUUGUGGAUACAGGUGGGAACGUCCUCAUCUUGGCUCUUUGGGGGGACAAAGGAGCCCCAUACAUGCAGGCCUUGCACUUCAGUUUCGCCUUGGGUGCCUUUCUGGCUCCCCUGCUGGCUAAGUUGGCCUGGGGUACCACAGCAUCUGCUCAGAACCACACCGAGUCCGACUUUAACUCUCUAAUGCUGAACCGAUCCUCCAAAGCCCCCUCAGACUCUGUGUUCGCGGUACCCGAUGACAUGAAUCUGCUGUGGGCAUAUGCUUCUAUUGGCACCUAUGUCUUAGUAGUUUCUGUCUUCCUGUUUGGUCUGUUUUGUAAGAAAAGCUCAAAGCAGAAAAAGUCCUCAGCAUCUGCUCAGGGAGCUCGAAGGGCUAAAUAUCACUGGGCCCUGCUAUGUCUCCUCUUCCUCUUCUUCUUCUUCUAUGUGGGAGCCGAGGUGACCUACGGCUCUUUUGUAUUCUCCUUUGCCACCACCCAUGUUGGCAUGGAAGAGAGCGAGGCAGCUGGCUUGAACUCCAUCUUCUGGGGGACCUUUGCAGCCUGCAGGGGUCUGGCCAUCUUCUUUGCAACUCUCUUAAAGCCUGCAACCAUGAUUGUUCUGAGCAACAUUGGCAGCCUGGCCUCAUCUUUAUUUCUGGUGCUUUUUGACAAGAGCCGUCUCUGUCUCUGGAUCGCGACGUCUGUGUAUGGAGCCUCCAUGGCAACCACGUUUCCCAGCGGCAUCUCCUGGAUUGAGCAGUACACCACCUUAACUGGGAAAUCUGCAGCAUUCUUUGUAAUUGGCGCUUCCCUGGGAGAAAUGGCCAUUCCUGCGGUCAUCGGGAUUCUUCAAGAACACUACCCGGAUCUGCCAGUGGUUCUGUACAUAUGUCUGGGCUCAGCCAUAUUCACGGCUGUUCUAUUUCCUGUGAUGUAUAAAUUAGCCACCUUACCCCUGCAACGCCAGCGCAAAGGAAGAAGGAAGAACAAGGAUAGAAAGAGUUUGCUCUCCAGCUCUGAGCAACAUAAAUGGAAACCUGUAGAAAACUGGAAUGGGAUGGAUUCUGAAGUAGUUGAUAUGAAGAAUACAAGGCAUUCUGUAAUGGAGAACUCUAGAAAUAUUCUGAUUUGAUGCAGCCCACAGCCGACACCUCUAAGGAAAUUCUCAAAUGCCUCUGGGUUUGGGUCCUCUCCAGUUAAUAGAGGCAACUCCCUUGUGAUACAC